GACUCGAGGCGGGCGCGCACCCGCCCGGGCCGGGCCUCCCUCGCACCCGCCGCUUCCCCUUUAAACAUGCCAAUGAGCUCCGUCCCCAGAGCGACAGCCAGGCGGACCCCGGGCGGCCAAUCAGGAGCGCGGCUGCUCCGCACGGGCCCCGCCUCUUCUCUUCUCUCCCCUGGUGGUGACGUCACUCAGCCCCCCCCCCUCUCUCGGAGCGGCGCCAUUUUGGGAGGCUGAGGCGGGAGCGGCGUCGCCUGAGGAGAAAGAAAGAAGGAAGGAAAGAAAGAAAGAAAGAAAGAAAGAAGCCUCGCUGGGAGGCCGAGGAAGGAAGGAAGGAAGGAAGGCAGGAGGAGAGGGAAAUGAGGAUUCUAUGGAGCCACGUCUUGGGUGCCGUAAGGAAAGAAAUAAUAUAGGAAGAAGAAAUCCUCCCAAGGUGAAGAUCUUGCUGAAUUCCUGACCUCACUUACAGAUAAGAAAGGAAAAAAGAAGAGUCAAGUAUCUGUAUUCUAAUGAAACACCGAUAUCACAGUGGACAUGAAGGAGAAAGCAUCUAAAUACCUGGAGUGUGGAAAGAGUGAGUUACACUCAGAGUUAUGGUCUGCAGCGGCAUGAAAGGAAACACACCGCGGAGAAGGCUUAUGAAUUCCUGGAGUGUGGAAAGAGCUUUGCGCAGAGUGUAGAUCUAUGUUCACAUCAAAAGACUCACACUGCGGAGAAACCUUAUACACGCAUGGAGUGUGGAAAGGGUUUUAGUUACAGUUCAAAACUAUGUUUGCAACAAAAGAAACACACUGGAGAGAAACCCUAUAAAUGCCUGGAAUGUGGAAAGAACUUCACUCGGAGUUCAAAUCUCCGUUUGCAUCAAAGGACUCACACUGGAGAGAAACCACAUACUUGCCUGGAGUGUGGAAAGAGGUUCACUUCUAGUGGACAUCUACGUUCACAUCAGCGGACUCACACUGGGGAGAAACCCUAUACAUGCCUGGAGUGUGGAAAGAGCUUUGCUCAGAGUGGACAUCUAAGUUCACACCGAAAAACUCACACUGGUGAGAAACCCUAUACAUGCCUGGAGUGUGGACAGAGCUUUGUGCAGAGUUCAAAUCUACGUUUGCAUCAAAGGACUCACACUGGUGAGAAACCACAUACUUGCCUGGAGUGUGGAAAGAGCUUCACUUAUACUGGAAGUCUACGUAAACAUCAAAGGACUCACACCGGGGAGAAACCCUAUACAUGCCUGGAGUGUGGAAAGAGCUACAGUGAGUGUGGAAGUCUACGUAAACAUCAAAGGACUCACACAGGGGAGAAACCCUAUAUAUGCCUGGAGUGUGGACAGAGCUUUGCUCGGAGUGGAAAUCUAAAUGCACAUCAAAGGACUCACACAGAAGAAAAACGCUAUACAUGCCUGGAGUGUGAAAAGAGUUUCACUGAGCAUGUAAGUCUACGUAAACAUCAUCGGACUCACACUGGUGAGAAACCCUAUUCAUGCUUGGAGUGUGGAAAGGGUUUCACUCAGAGAGGACAUCUAAAUUCACAUCAAAGGACUCACACCGGGGAGAAACCCUAUACAUGCCUGGAGUGUGGAAAGGAUUUCACUCAGAGAGAACAUCUAGAUUCACAUCAAAGGACUCACACCGGGGAGAAACCCUAUACAUGCCUGGAGUGUGGACAGAGCUUUGCUUGGAGUGGAAAUCUAAAUGCACAUCAGCGGACUCACACUGGGGAAAAACCCUAUUCAUGCCUGGAGUGUGGAAAGAGCUUCACUGCGAGUGGAAGUCUACGUAAACAUCAAAGGACUCACACGGGGGAGAAACCCUAUUCAUGCCUGGAGUGUGGAAAAAGCUUCACUUAUAGUGGAAGUCUACAUUUACAUCAAAGGACUCACACUGGUGAGAAACCCUUUAAAUGUCUGGAGUGUGGACAGAGCUUCACUUCUAGUGGAAAACUACGUUCACAUCAGUGGACACACACUGGGGAAAAACCCUAUACAUGCCUGGAGUGUGGACAGAGCUUCACUCAGAGUUCAAAUCUACGUUCUCAUCAACGGACUCACACUGGGGAAAAACCCUAUACAUGCCUGGAGUGUGGACAGAGCUUCACUCAGAGUUCAAAUCUACGUUCUCAUCAACGGACUCACACUCGGGAGUAACCCUAUACAUGCCUGGAGUGUGGAAAGAGCUUUACCAAGAGUUUGAAUCUAUGUUACCAUCAAAGGACUCACACUGGGGAACAACACUAUGCAUGCCUGGAGUGUGGAGAGAGCUACACUGAAAGAGUGGAAUUCUAUGUAAAUAUCAAAGGACUCACUCUGGGGAGAAACCCUAUACAUGCCAGGUGUGUGGGCAGAGCUUUUCUGAGAGUGGAAGUUCAUGUUCACAUUGUAGGACUCACACGAGGGGAAAAACUUACGAAUGUCUUGAAUGGAGACAGAGUUUCACUUAGAAGGGAUUUCUACAUUCACAUCAUAGGCCUCACACUGGGAGAAAAUGGUCUAAGUGCCUGGAGUGUGGACACAGCUUCACUGAGUUUGGAAGUCUACGCUGUCAUCAAAGAACUCUCACUUGGGAAACCGCUAUAAAUACCUAGAUUGUGUACAGAGCUUCAGUCAUGCAUAUAAUAAUAAAUAAUAAUAAACUUUAUUUUUAUAUCCCGCCCCAUCUCCCUGAAGGGACUCGGGGCGGCUCACAACAGGGACAAGCCCAAAAACAACGACACAACAUAUUUGACAAAAACUUAAAAACAUUCCAACGAUACACAAAAUAAAAUAAUAGACAAUACAUCAAUAUCCAAGCAAAUAAAAUCAGAGAAUUAAAAACAAACCAGCGGGGACAGGUUUCAUAAAGUGCUGUGUCAUUGAAAUGAGUGAUAAAGUGCCAUACAUUUUUAAAACGGAGAAAAGCAUUCUAAUAACAGCUGAAUUGGGCCUAUUCAUUCAAACGUGUUCUGGAACAUCCAUGUUUUUAAUUCCCAGCGGAAAAUGGGCAGGGAAGGAGCUAACCUGAUCUCCUUAGGGAGAGAGUUCCAGAGCCGGGAUGGGGGCCACUGCCGAAAAGGCCCUCUCCCUUGUCCCCACCAGCCACAUUUGAGACAAAGGCGGGAGCGAGAGGAGCGCCUCCCCGGAUGAUCUUAGGGUUCACGUUGGUUCGUAGGAGAGGAGGCGAUCACGGAGCUGGUGCACAAGCUUUAACUGUGCGAAGGCCCUCCCGGCCAAGGCCGACACCUGAGCGUCAAGUGUCAGAGAUGAGUCCAGGAAGACCCCCAAGCUGUGGACCUGCGCCUUCAGGGGGGGUGGGACCCCGUCAAGCACAGGUAGCCACCCCAUGCCCCGAUCGGCCGCACGACUGACCUGGAGGAGCUCUGUCUUGUCAGGAUUAAGUCUCAGCUUAUUCACCUUUAUCCAGUCCAUCACAGCGGCCAGGCACCGGUCAAGGAUCUGAGGGGCUUCCUUGGAGUUUGGUGCAAAACAGUAGUAGAGUUGAGUGUCAUCUGCAUAGAUGCUUCACCAACUGGGAUCGGCCCUCCAGGAAGGAGCAGAGCCAUUGCAAAGCAACACCCCCAAUACCCAUUCCGGAGAGCCGUCCCAGAAGGAUACCAUGGUCGAUGGUAUUGAAAGCCACUGAGAUGUCCAGGAGAACCAGCAAGGACACAUUCCCCCCUGUCCAGUUCUCUGCGGAGGUCAUCCACCAAGGCGACCAAAGCCGUCUCCGUACCAUGACUGGGUCUGAACCCAGACUGUGAUGGAUCCAGAUAGUCAGUCUCUGUCAGGAACCCCUGGAGCUGCGAGGCGACCACCCGCUCUAGAACCUUGCCCAAAAAGGGAAGGUUCGAAAUUGACCGGUAUUUGUUAAGAACCGACGGGUCAAGGGACGCCUUUUUCAGGAUCGGUUUAACCAAUGCCUGCUUUAAAAUAGAUGGGAAAAGUCCCUGAUCCAGUGAGGCGUUUAUUAUCCCCACGAACCAAUUUGCCAACCCCCCGCUGGCAAAUUUUAUUAGCCAAGAUGGGCAAGGGUCUGAAGCACAUGUGGUCGCUCUCACAGCUCCAAGGAUCCCCUCGACAUCAUCAGGGUGAACAAUCUGAAACGAAUCCAUUAACACUGGACAAGCAGGUGCCUCGGUCACCUCCGCAGGUACUGCAUUAAGGCUGAUGUCUAAGUCAGAGCGUAUCCGAGUGACUUUGUCUGCAAAGUGAUGGGCGAACUUGCCACGUCGAGUUGUCAGGUGGCAAGGGGCAGCCCCCCCGUCACAGGCGUGGAGGAGCUCUCCCACCACCCGAAACAACUCAGCUGGUCUGUUUGUUGCAGACGCAAUGCGGGCAGUCAAGAAAACUUUCCUGGCUGCCCGCAAUGCCGCGGAGCAGGCCCUAAGAGAGGCUUUAGCCCGUGCUCGGUCGGAUACGUCCUGAGAUCUGCGGCAGAUGCACUCCAGUCUCCGUCUCGUCCGCUUCAUCACGGCCAGCUCCUCAGAAAACCAAGGAGCUGACCUGACUCUGCGAGACGAUAGGGGACGUUCAGGGGCGAUCGUGUCUACUGCCCUGGCCAUCUCGGUGUUACAGAGAUCAACCAAGACUUGGACAGGAUCACCAGCCGCCAUGAUCUACGCCACAUCUACGUUCACAUCAAAGGACGCACCAGGGAGAAACCUUAUAAAUGCACGUUGUGUGAAUAGCACCUCUCUGAGAGUUCAAAUGUACAGACACAUAGAAUUCAGUGGUGUUUGACCCCAUAAGGCUCUCGAAAACAGAGCUUUUCAAAAUUUUCAUGUUGGUGAUGCACUCUUUAUCAGUAAAAUGACAUUUUUAUAUCUCGGUGCUUCUAUAAUACUGGCAGGAGAUUUUGAUGCCAGCAUUGGUCCUGAUUUUGCGUUGUAAUGUAUAUUAUUAUCUAUUGUAUUGUUCAAUGUGUUAUGAUGUGUUGUUCUUUUAUAUUCUGUUAUAUUGUAUUGUUCUGGGCAUGGCUCCAUGUAAGCCGCCCUGAGUCCCCGUUGGGGAGAUGGUGGCGGGGUAUAAAUAAAGUUUUAUUAUUGUUAUUAUUA